GGUAAAUCGCGGGAGAAUUCUCGAGGAUUCAAUUCGUGUGCGAGCUACAGACCAAGGUGGUCGAGUGUUCUACUCAGUUCUACUUACGCUUUAAUAUUGCAUUAUUCGACUAAAUUGAAAAGAUUGGCAAGAAAGAAGAAGAAGAAUAAGGGGACGUCGACAACGACGAGAAAUUUCUCGAGAGACGUUAAUAGCGAGCGUUAGCGAGAAUAGCGAUGGAAAAGAAGACGGAGAUCAACGAGCUCGAUAGCAAGAUGAUCAAGGGCAUGGAGGACGUGAUGAAGAUAAAUGAGAAGCUGAAAAACAGCACGCCGCCGGACAACAAGACUGAGACUGACUACAAGAAGAAAUUGCUUCAGUUUCCGAUGUCCCCGUUGGAACCGAUGUCGUCCAAGUUCAAUGCGUUAAAGGAAAAGUACAAGCAGGCUGCAAAUAUGGGGACUGAUCAAAGGUUACAAACUGUAUACGAGUGUGUAAAACCUAUUGUUACCAGCUUAGUCCGAUUAAAAGGAGACUUGGCUACAUUGGACUAUGAAUUAUAUCUGCAAAAUAAAGACACAUUGAAAAAUAUGUCAUUGCAUAAGAAAAUUAACGAUGCGGAAUUAAAGGCUUUAGAUGCCCACCAACAACUUUUAGUCUUGCUCAUGGUUAUGGAGGACAAUGUGCCUCUGUCUCAACUACCGCCCGAACCGCUAGCCCAGGCAAAUCCAAAAAUUUAACUGUGUAAAAAAUAUCUAUGUAUGUGUAUACUAAUAAUUUUAUUAAUAAAAUUAUUAGUAUACACACAGAUUUUUGUAUUUUUGUACUAAGGAGGUUCAAGUGAUACUCUAGUAUAUCAAUAAAUCUAGUAUAUCAAUAAAUAGUUUAUUGUAGUAUAA